CCACAGGCCUGAGGGGGAUUAAAUUUCAACCUGAUAGCAUUUCCAGAUACUUCAAGACAAACAUUUCAGCAAAGAGAAAAGAGAGAGACCUAUAAACAAGUCUAUCUACUCCGAGGUUUGGGUGCAGAGGGCUGGUGUGAUUAAGGUUAGGAUUAGGGUCAACUAUAAUCAAGGUACUGAGUAAACCUCCUCCCCUGUCCAUGCCACCCUGACAUGUGGGUGGGGGCGUUAGAGAAUCAGACGAGGGGGAUCGGGACGAGAGGAAGAGUCGCAGCAGGCAGAGCAUGAGAGACGCACACUGGAACUGCAGUGGCGCGCGUCCGGAGCAGUGAGAAGUAUGAGACAAGCAGACAAAGAGAGAGACGUGGGGAUGGGGGAGACGGAGCUGAGGCCGGGUGCCGGUGGCAAUACACCAGGACACCACUGGGGCGGCGCUGAGACAUGCGAGGGCCAGAAGAGCUGGCGCUCUGGCUGUGCGUGGAGGGGCGGCUGCGUGGCCAGUGAGCGGCUGGCCAUCAACGUGUCGGGCAUGCGCUACGAGACGCACCUGCGCACGCUGGCCCAGUUUCCCGACUCGCUGCUCGGUGACCCGCACCGCCGGCUGCGCUACUUCGACCCGAUGCGGAACGAGCUCUUCCUGGACCGUAGCCGCGUCUGCUUCGACGCCAUCCUCUACUUCUACCAGUCGGGGGGGCGGCUGCGGCGCCCCCCCCACAUACCGCUCGACGUCUUCAUGGAGGAACUGCGCUUCUACGAGCUAGGCGAGGACGUCAUCAGUCGCUUCCGUGAGGAUGAGGGCUUUGCCAAGGAGGAGCCCCGCCCGUUGCCCUCCGGUGCUCUACAGCGCCACCUCUGGAUGCUCUUUGAACACCCGGAGUCCUCAUCUGGCGCCCGCAUCAUCGCCGUCAUCAGCAUCAUGGUUAUCAUCGUGUCCAUUGUCAUCUUCUGCCUGGAGACAAUGCCCGAGUUCAAGAAGGAGGAAAGGGAGGUGCACCACAGCUCCAACUCCAGCUCCGGGGGCCACACAGCUGCCAACAUCUUCCUGGACCCCUUCUUCGUCGUGGAGACCAUCUGCAUAUGUUGGUUUUCCUUCGAGCUCUUCAUGCGCUUCACCUGCUCCCCCAGUAAGAUCCAGUUCUUCAAGGACGUGAUGAACGUCAUUGACUUCGUCGCCAUUAUCCCGUACUUCGUCACGCUGGGCACCGAGUUGGCCGACACCAAGGGCGGCAGCCCUACCGCCACGCUGGCGGUCAUCAGGGUCAUCAGGCUGGUCCGCGUCUUCCGCAUCUUUAAGCUGUCCCGUCAUUCGAAGGGCCUGCAGAUCUUGGGCCAGACGCUGAGGGCCAGUCUGCGCGAGCUGGCUCUGCUCAUCUUCUUCCUCUUCAUCGGGGUCAUCCUCUUCUCCAGCGCUGUCUACUUUGCCGAGGCAGAUAACGAAGAUUCUAUGUUCACCAGCAUCCCUGAGUCCUUCUGGUGGGCUGUGGUUUCCAUGACGACCGUGGGCUACGGUGACAUGUACCCGGUGACGGUAGGAGGCAAGUUGGUGGGCUCCAUGUGCGCCAUCGCUGGUGUGCUGACCAUCUCGCUGCCCGUGCCUGUGAUCGUCUCCAACUUCAGCUAUUUCUACCACCGGGAGAUGGAGAGUGAGGACACCACUGAAUAUGUCCAUGUGAGCACAGACAUCUGGCAGGUGGACGAGGGGGAGCAGGAGGAGCAGUGGCCUGAGCCGGAGAAGCAGGCUAACCAGCUGCUCAAUGAGAAGGGGAAGACACCUGGGGGGAAACAUGUACCUCAAGGAGCCCUUGGUGACCCAGGUGUGAACAGAAGAUGACGGCACAGUGACAACCUCGACGUCACUUUGCUGGAUCAUCAGCCACAGGAUCAACAGCAUAAUCACACAGUGAGAGACUCAGCACCGGAUCACUGCAUCAUCAGAGACAGGAUCAACGGUAGAUUACUCCAUAAUCACACAGUGAGAGACUCAGCACUGGAUCACUGCAUCAUCAGAGACAGGAUCAAUGGUAGAUUACUCCAUAAUCACACAGUGAGUGACUCUGCACCGGCUCACUGGAUCAACACACAGAGACAGGAUCAACGGUAGAUCACUCCAUAAUCACACAUUCAGAGACUCAGCACCAGCUCUCUGGAUCAUCACACGCAGACAGGAUCUACAUUACAUGACCAGUAACUGGGGGAAAGUAUUACAAAUGUAUAGUUAUAGCAGGAACACAAACAAACAGCAAGAUAGAGAACAACAGGGCAAAGAGGAAAGAUUAUAGAAAUUCUUUAUUAUCCAUUAUUUAUUGAAAACAUAAAAAGAUUAUUAUUUGACUUAGUUAUUCAUUACUUGAAUUACUUGGUCAUUAUCUCAUUAUAAAAAUGAAAAUGGACUAUUUAUCUUAUUUUUGGUUUCUUUUAAAUGUCUUGCCUUGUAAUUUGAAGUCUUACCCAUAUUCAUUUUAUUGUGCUGAGAUUAGAUAGAUAAACAGAGAGAGAGAGAGAGAGAGAGAGAGAUUGAGUGGGCCUGCUGAUUAUCGUAUGCAUGGUUUGGCUAGCCUGGCUGCUGAUUAUGUUGGCACUGACUCAGCUGGGUGUCACAAGCUCUCUGCCAUGAGAGAUGCCCACCACCAGCUCCCUGGUCCUGCUGAGGCUAUAGGGCAGGCCUUCCUCUGGGCCCUAACUGAUAAAGGCAUGUAGGGAGGUCUGUACAGCCCUUCCCUGCAGUGCCACCCUAUGACUGUCUGGAGGUGGUGUGGCUCAGAGUCGUACUGCUGUUCUCGGGGUUGGUCUCCAUCUGUGACUGGUCCAUAAUCCAUCGGGGCACUGGGCCGCCCUGUCACAGGCGCUGCUACUGUGUUCUGCACAGCUGUGGCAGCUUCUACAGGCUUCUGGUAGCGCUCAAGGGGGUGAAGGUGCUGAAAAUUGACAUGUGCUUUGAGGGCUGACUCCCCCCCCCCCCCCCGGCAGACCAUCCUGACUGUGUGGGGUGUCCCCAGUUCUGUUUUAAUUCAUUGUACAGUCUGGAUGGGCUUGAGGCCUAAGGUGUGUGGGGAGGGGGGGGGGAGGUAGCAGAGAGAUGGGGGGUGUGAGGGGGUGCAGUAAUAGGGCUUCGUCUUUGUCAUCUCCAGCACCUGAUCACUUCUCCGCUCCCAUAGAGCCUCCCUGAACGCCUGUAAGCUGUGCUGAUAGCUGUGAUCAGUGCCUGCUGCUGCCCCUGUAUGCACGGUAUUAUAUAUAUGAAUGUGUGCAUAGGGUUUAUAUUUGUGCAGGUAAAGAACGUUUUACUCAGAUUUACGGAGUUUAAUAUACACAUAAAGACACAGAAACACACCAAGCACAGCCCAACACACCAUUAAAUACACACCCAAACUAAUACACACAUGAACAUCCUCAAAAUUGCUUUAUUAGCGUAACACAAGUGUACAAUAAAAAAACAAGCAAACAAGAAAGCGUUAUAUAUUAAUAUUCCAGUCAAGUGGGAUGAUAGUAAUGUGUGAAGACUAAAACACAAGGACAACUGACAGACACGUCCAGAAAGGUGAUGGUGAUGAGUGGACAGGACACAGCACUUUGGGAACCAGUCUACAGGAGGGACACCCCCACGCAUAGUACUGCGGGGGCCAGUUUGCAGGCAGGGACACCCCCACACAUAGUACUGCAGGGCCCAGUCUACAGCCAGGGAUACCCCCACACAUAGUACUGCAGGGCCCAGUCUACAGCCAGGGAUACCCCCACACAUAUUACUGCAGGGGCCAGUUUACAGUCAGGGACACCCCCACACAUAGUACUGCAGGGCCCAGUCUACAGCCAGGGAUACCCCCACACAUAUUACUGCAGGGGCCAGUCUACAGCCAGGGAUACCCCUGCACACAGCACUGUGGGGGCCAGUCUACAGGUAGGGACACCCCCCGCACACAGCACUGUGGGGGCCAGUCUAUAGGUAGGGACACCCCCACACAUAUUACUGCAGGGGCAAUCUACAGGCAGGGACACCCCCCACAUACAACCUCCAUCACUCAUGCUCCUCCAACACACAAGCAAACGGCUCCAACGACCCCCCCCCCUCACAUCUAUACACGCUGUCAUUUCCUGUGGAGGAAUCCUGGACUAUGUACCAUGUCGAGGCGAGACCCGAGCUCCAUCCCAAAGGGGUCCUGGGAGUCCAAGUCUGUGGCCCCCUGGGGUGGUGCGAGGGCCUCCUCGCUGCCCCCCUCUGGGCCCACCCCUGAGAUCAGAGCGUUCUUCACAGGGAGGAACUGAAAGAGCCGCGGACUGUCCUGUCCGGGUGACUUUGGUGCAAGAGAAACAGGAAGUCCUUGGUGAGGAGACAGGAAGAGGGUAUAUCCAUCUGGCAGGAGCAGUUCCCGGAAGGUGCAGUCCUUCUCUCUGUACAGCCGCUGAAUAAAGAUCUUCUGUUAGUUUGA